ACACGAGGCAACUUGGUCCAUCCUUCGAAUUCGUGUCUCAAAAGCCUUGGCAUACUAAAUAAAAAAAGUUUUUUCCAUUGGCGAACCCAACAAAAACCCGUGCUAGCGUCUAAAAACGCUAACAGAUUGUUUUCCGCAUUUGAGAGAACGAUUUGGUCAUCGCCGAUAACAACCGUCACUGGCGAUCGAAGCUAGGGUUUUGGAAUAUCUUUCCAUUUUUUAAAAAUAGUACUUGAUGGCGGAGUGGCCGUUCCACGACGGCAACGCACACAAUCUACUCAAGAGCAGGCACAUCGACAUUCGCCACGAUGUUGAUCACAGUUUGCAAAUGCAUUCGUCUUUGAUACAGAGGCUUUCACUGGAACGAGAAUUGGAGGGGCAUCAGGGUUGUGUAAACGCUAUGGCUUGGAAUUCAAAUGGUUCACUUUUGAUUUCUGGAUCUGAUGAUGCACGGAUCAAUAUUUGGAGCUACUCUGGUCGAAAGCUUUUGCAUUCUAUAGAGACAGGGCAUUCUGCAAAUAUAUUCUGUACAAAGUUUAUUCCUGAAACUUCUGAUGAGCUUGUAGUCUCCGGAGCUGGUGAUGCAGAGGUUCGGUUAUUUAAUUUGUCUCGCUUAAGUGGGAGAGGGCUCAAUGACGGUGCUAUUACUCCAUCAGCGCUCUAUCAGUGUCACACAAGAAGAGUUAAAAAACUGGCGGUUGAAGUUGGAAACCCCAAUGUGGUCUGGAGUGCAAGUGAAGAUGGAACUCUGAGACAGCAUGACUUUCGAGAGGGCACUUCUUGUCCUCCAGCUGGAUCUUCUCACCAAGAGUGUCGCAAUGUUCUACUUGACUUGCGUUGUGGGGCCAAGAGGUCACUAGCUGAUCCUCCUAGACAUACUCUUGCCUUAAAAUCUUGUGAUAUCAGUUCUACUAGACCUCAUUUGCUCCUUGUUGGUGGGAAUGAUGCAUUUGCUCGUCUGUAUGAUCGAAGGAUGCUGUCACCGCCCACCUCAUGCCGGAAAAGAAUGCCACCACCUACUUGUGUUAAUUAUUUCUGCCCAAUGCAUCUUUCUGACCGUGGUCGAUCAAGUUUGCACUUAACUCAUGUUACGUUUAGCCCUAAUGGAGAAGAGGUUCUACUUAGCUAUGGUGGGGAACAUGUAUAUCUAAUGGAUGUCAAUCAUGCAGCUAGUGGGAGUUCAAUGAAAUAUUCUUCGGGAGAUGCUGCAAAAUUGAUGACUUUCACUCCUGUACUAAAUGGAGUAGGGCGCCAACCACCUGUCUCCAGUGUCUUCCAAAAUGGUCUCCCUAGAAGAAGCAACACUGCUGCAAAGAUUGAAAAAUGCAGGAUGUUGGCUAAAAGAUCCUUAGAAGAUGGGACGAAUGUUUUCCAUGCAAUCGAGGCAUGCAAUGAAAUCUUGGAUGGACAUGGUAGUGAUAUUGGGCCCAUGCUAAGGCAUGAAUGUUUUUGUACACGUGCUGCCUUGUUGCUGAAGAGAAAGUGGAAAAAUGAUGCCCAUAUGGCCAUUAGAGAUUGCCAUAAUGCUCGAAGAAUAGACAGUUCUUCCUUUAGAGCUCAUUAUUAUACAGCCGAGGCUUUAGAACAGUUGGGCAAACAUAAAGAAGCUUUAGACUUUGCUGUUGCAGCACAAUGUUUCUCUCCAUCUGAUACUAUGGCUGCCGAGAAAGUGGAGAACAUAAGAAAACAUCUUGCUGCAGCUGAGGCUGAAAGAAAUAACAAGGUGAGUGAUGGGGCACCUAGGUCUGAACCUCGAACUGGAAGGGUAUUGUCACUGAGUGAUAUACUCUAUCGCUCUGAAGCUAAUAGUGAUGCUUCCCAAGAUGGUCCAAGAUCUGACAGAGAAGAUUCUGAUUAUGACGAGGAGCUGGAAUUAGAUUUUGAAACUUCAAUAUCAGGUGAUGAAGGACGUGAUGUUGAUUCUAACAUACUACAUGGAAGUUUAAAUCUUAGAAUUCAUCGAAGAGGUGAUUCAACAAGGGAAACUGGUGCGAAUGGUUCAUGUGGCUCUCCAUCCUCGUCAUCGCAAAAUGAUAGAGCAGCUUAUCAGCCCGAGGCAGUUAUUGAUAUGAAGCGGAGAUAUGUUGGACACUGUAACGUUGGAACUGACAUCAAACAGGCCAGUUUCCUUGGUCAGAGAGGAGAAUAUGUUGCUAGUGGGAGUGAUGAUGGGAGGUGGUUUAUUUGGGAAAAGCAGACUGGUAGAUUGAUAAAAAUGCUUCUUGGAGAUGAUGCUGUUGUAAACUGUGUGCAGUGCCAUCCAUUUGAUUGCUUUGUGGUAACCAGUGGGAUUGAUAGCACAAUAAAGCUAUGGACUCCAACUGCUGCUGUUCCAUCAAUGGUUGCCGGUGGGUCAGCAGGGCCAGAAACCACUAACGUGUUAGAGGUCAUGGAAAGUAAUCAACACAAAUUAUGUCGUAAUCGUGAAGCUAUCCUGCCCUUUGAACUUUUGGAGCGGUUUCGGAUGCAUGAAUUUUCUGAAGGAUCCUUGCAUCCAUUUGAGUGUGCCCAGACCUAAUCAGCUUCUUAGCUCUUACAAUAGCAUGCAGACAGCACCAUGCAAACCAUGAAGGAAGGAAUGGAUCUUUUGUCGCCCAAAAGAUUGAGAAAAUGUAUAAUGGAUGAUGAAACCUCUUAAUCUGCUGAACAUGUAAAGGUUUGGGGAUUGUCAGAAAUAAGUUAAAAGAUUGAAUAAACUAUGCCGAGUCCCCUCAAUUAAUUGUAAAGCAUCUCAAAAUCAGUUUUUACGUAGAUGUUUUGUUCUUCCUUUGGCCCCCUUUUCUUCUAUCCCAAAGAACAUUUGAUUUGUUUGUACAUUGUCCGAGAUGUUCCUGUAUAUAGUUGAGGAACGAGGAUGCUUGUCAUAUUGGUGUAAAUGUUAAUUAUAUACCACAAGCACUGUCCAUCUUGUUUCCA